AUGACUGGAAUGCACUCAAGGCAAAAUGCUUCAUCCCAAGAUAUUAAUCUUCCUCACCACCAGGCAGAUGGAGACCCUUUUGCAUCAAAACUCUCAAAGGAAGCUGACAUAAUAGCUGGAAUUUAUUUAUUAAUAAUAGGGAUCCUGUCCACUUUAGGCAACGGAUAUGUUAUUUAUAUAUCUAUACAACGGAAAAGGAAGCUUAAGCCAGCAGAGAUCAUGACGGUAAAUCUAGCAGUCUGUGACUUGGGAAUUUCAGUGGCAGGAAAGCCAUUUAGUAUCAUUGCCUUCUUCUCCCAUCGUUGGAUCUUUGGUUGGAGUGGCUGCCGCUGGUAUGGAUGGGCUGGCUUCUUCUUUGGAAUUGGAAGUCUCAUUACCAUGACUGCAGUCAGCCUGGAUCGGUAUUUCAAAAUAUGCUAUUUAGCUUAUGGGCUGGGCCAGGGCACCGCCGCGGCCCCACUGCUGCCACCGCCGCCAUGCUCUGAGCAUAACCGUCUUCCAAACUCCGGAGAUCCUCUGCCGAGUCUUCCGACAGUGGCCGUUCUGGGACUACGCUCUGCCGGAAGACUUGGCAGCAGAUCUCCAGAGGUGGCGAUGUUGAUCUGUGCAGGAUUUCUAAUUGCUUGGAUCCCAUAUGCAGUUGUAUCAGUAUGGUCAGCUUUUGGAAAACCAGAUUCGGUUCCCAUAAAAGUUUCGGUGGUGCCUACUUUGCUUGCUAAAUCAGCAGCCAUGUACAACCCUGUUAUUUACCAGGUCAUCAACUGCAAAUCAGCCUGUUGUCGGCCAGAGGCUCUUAGGCCACUGCGGAAGAAAAACUUGAAGAAAUCCAGGUAG